AUGAUCUCAUUAUCUGACUUCUACCAUGUCAUGACUGCAGUGGUUCCACUCUACGUGGCCAUGAUCUUAGCCUAUGGCUCAGUGAAAUGGUGGAAGAUCUUCACCCCUGACCAGUGCUCUGGCAUCAACAGGUUUGUGGCUCUGUUUGCAGUCCCACUCCUCUCCUUCCACUUUAUCUCCUCCAACGACCCUUACAACAUGAACACUCGCUUCAUAGCAGCUGACACUCUCCAGAAGCUCAUCGUUCUUGCUGUGCUUGCUGUCUGGACCAAAGUCAGCAAAAGGGGCUGCUUGGAAUGGACCAUCACUCUGUUUUCCCUCUCCACUCUGCCCAACACUCUGGUCAUGGGCAUCCCUUUGCUCAAAGGAAUGUAUGGCGAUUUCUCAGGAAGCCUCAUGGUCCAAAUUGUUGUGCUUCAGUGCAUUAUUUGGUACACUUUGAUGCUCUUCAUGUUUGAAUACAGAGGUGCCAAAUUGCUCAUCUCCGAACAGUUCCCAGACACUGCUGGCUCCAUUGUCUCCAUCCAUGUUGAUUCUGACAUCAUGUCAUUGGAUGGGAGGCAGCCACUUGAAACUGAAGCUGAAAUCAAAGAAGAUGGCAAGCUUCAUGUCACUGUGAGGAAAUCAAAUGCUUCGAGGUCUGAUAUCUUUUCAAGAAGGUCUCAGGGAUUGUCGUCCACAACUCCAAGGCCUUCAAACCUCACCAAUGCAGAGAUUUACUCUCUGCAGUCUUCAAGAAACCCAACUCCAAGAGGGUCUAGUUUCAAUCACACAGACUUUUACUCUAUGAUGGCUGCUGGGAGGAACUCCAACUUUGGUUCUUCAGAUGUUUAUGGGCUCUCUGCAUCCAGAGGGCCAACUCCAAGGCCGUCAAAUUAUGAGGAAGAUGGUACUGGUGUGGUCAGCGCUACAGGUAAUAAGCCAAGGUUUUACCACGGCGGCCAGCAAGGUAACAAUACGACAGCCCAUUACCCGGCACCCAAUCCGGGAAUGUUUUCACCUACAGCCUCCAAAAAUGUUGCUGCUGCUAAUAAUAAUAGUAAUGCCAUUAAUGCAAAGAGGCCUAAUGGGCAAGCUCAGCAGAAGCCAGACGACGGUGGUAAGGAUCUUCAUAUGUUUGUCUGGAGUUCCAGUGCCUCUCCUGUUUCAGAUGUGUUUGGAAGCAAUGAAUAUGGUACUGCUCAUGACCAAAAAGAGGUGAAAUUGGCUGUGUCUCCCGGAAAAGUGGAAGGUCGUAGAGAGAAUCAAGAAGAGUACUUGGAGAGAGAUGAUUUCAGCUUUGGCAACAGGGAUCAGAUGAACAUGAACCAUGAGCAAGCUGAGAAAGCAGCGGGGGAUGGGAAGGGCAAAGUGAUGCCUCCAACCAGUGUGAUGACUAGGCUGAUUCUGAUCAUGGUUUGGAGAAAACUCAUCAGAAACCCCAACACUUACUCAAGCUUGAUUGGCCUCACCUGGUCUCUAGUUUCAUUCAGGUGGCAUAUUCAAAUGCCAGCCAUUAUAGCAAAGUCCAUUGCCAUACUAUCUGAUGCAGGACUUGGCAUGGCCAUGUUCAGCCUUGGUCUGUUUAUGGCUUUGCAACCGAGGAUCAUAGCAUGUGGAAAUUCCAUUGCAGCUUUUACUAUGGCUGUGAGAUUCCUUACAGGUCCAGCUGUCAUGGCAGCUGCUUCCAUUGCUGUUGGCUUAAGAGGCACUCUCUUGCACGUUGCUAUUGUUCAGGCAGCUCUACCCCAAGGAAUUGUUCCCUUUGUCUUUGCUAAGGAAUACAAUGUACACCCUGAUAUUCUCAGCACAGGGGUUAUAUUUGGAAUGUUAAUUGCGUUGCCCAUAACGCUUGUCUACUACAUUUUGUUGGGGCUAUGAAGAAAGCGAGCGGAGCCGGAGACCAACAAUGGCUUUUUGCAUUCAUGCAGUAGCUGCUGCAGCAAGCUCAUAAUUAAUUACAACGCAAAGAUGAGAAAUAGAAGAAGAUGAAUGAAUGAAUGAAUGAGUUUGGAAUUAUGAAAUGAAAUUGUCUUUCCUAGUAAAAUUGUAAAAUCAGUUUGUAGUGCAUUUAAUUAUAAAACAAGGUUUCCGUAGUUUUAUUAAGGAAUUAUAAUUUUUCCUUCAUUUCUAUUU